AUGUCGGUGCCAGACCUCGGAGCGGGGUCUGUCAGACCACUGCCAGUGGUUAGCGUGCGCGAGUCAGCGGUCAUCUGGGGGCAGAAGGUGGUGGUCCAAUGUCGCUUGCCGCCCCCUUUGAUCGAGAAGCAGCCCAUGCAGCCUGGUACCGAGAUCACUGCCAAGCUGCUCGUCCUGGACGCGGAGGAAUGCAGGCUCAGGAGACUCACGCCCGAGCAGGUCGUGGCGAGGCGGAAGCUGGCAAGGGAGUUCCGAUGUGGACCCGAAGUCAAGAUGGAGGUCACGAGUCGAAGACAGACGACCGAACUUGAGACGUGCGAGCCGCGUCUUUGGGUCGAGGAUGAUGACGGUGUGCAGAGGGGCAAGGUCAUAAUAUGCGCAGUGGUCAUGAACUCCAUCCUUGGCGGAGGAUUGUGGGUACUGGCAGGUUAUGUUGUGUUGGACGUGGCCGGCAAGAGCAAGGACGAGGAGGCUUUCAUUGAAUAUGUCCACAAAGCAGUCCGAUGGCUGCUGCAGUGGGAGGGCUCCUAUCAAAACUUGGGCUUGAGCGCAGGCAGGAUGAUCCGGCGUCGGCGACGAAGGUUGUGGGAGGAUGUCACCCAUGUGGUGGACGCGGGCUGA